AUGCACCCACUACAACCAACACAGAAGUUGUUAUCAAAAACCACUGGUGAACCCACUACAACUGUUACUCGCGCAUCAACAACAACUGAUGAACCCACUACAACCAUCACUGAGUCAUCAACAACAACUGGUGAACCCACUACGACCGUCACUGGUGUGUCGACAACAACUGGUGAACCCACUACGACCGUCACUGGUGUGUCGACAACAACUGGUGAACCCACAACGACCGUCACUGGUGUGUCGACAACAACUGGUGAACCCACUACGACCGUCACUGGUGUGUCGACAACAACUGGUGAACCCACUACGACCGUCACUGGUGUGUCGACAACAACUGGUGAACCCACUAGAGCAGUUAUUGGUUCAUCGACAACAACUGGUGAACCCACUACGACCGUCACUGGUGUGUCUACAACAACUAAUGAACCUUCUACAACCGUCACUGACUCAACAGAAACAACUGGUGAACCCACUACAUCAAUCACUCUUUCAUCAACAACAACUGGUGAACCCACAUUGACUGUCACUGGUGUGUCGACAACAAAUAGUGAUUCCACUACAACCAUCACUGGUGUGUCGACAACAACUGGUGAACCCACUACAUCAAUCACUGUUUCAUCAUUAACAACUGGUGAACCCACUUCGACCGUCCCCGUUUUGUCGACAACAACUGGUGAACCCACUACAACAGUCACUUUUGUGUCGACAACAACUGAUGAACCCACUACAACCAUCACUGAGUCUACAAAAUCAACUGGCGAACCCACUACAACUGUUACUGGUGCAUCGACAAAAACUGGUGAACCCACAUUGACCGUCACUGGUGUGUCCACAACAGCUGGUGAACCCACUACAUCAAUCACUGGUGUAUCGACAACAACUGGUGAACCCACAACAAUUGUCACAGAAACAACAUAUACAACCGGUGAACCCAGUACAUCUGUGACUGUUUCAUCAGCAACAACUGUUGAACCCACUACUACCGUCAGUGUUGUGUCUACAACAACUGGUGAACCCACCAAAACCAUCACUGAUGCAUCAACAACCACUGUUACUGCAUCACCCACUACAACUGUCACGGGUGUGUUGACAACAACUGUUGAACCCACUACAACCAUCAUUGAUGCGUCGACAACUAGUGCCUGA